AUGGACAUCCAUCUCCACGUUCUCCUUCACGGACUUUGGGGAUCAACGAAACAUCUAGAACCCGCCAUUCGUGUCUUCUCUGCUCGACACUGCCAACCAAAUUCAGACUCUGAGCUUGCUAUUGAAUCUCAAAACCAAGUUCAGGUUCUUCUGAUCGAGACGAAUCAAGGCAGUAGAACCUAUGAUGGAAUCGACUGGGGGGCUGAACGAGCGGCAGAAGAGAUACAAGAAGCUAUCCGCAAGAUAUCUUCUGAAGGUGAUCGUGUAACCAAAUUUUCCAUUACGGGAUAUAGUCUUGGUGGUCUUUAUGCCCGCUAUGUUCUGGCUAUCAUCUAUGCCAAACACUUCUUCGAUACUGUUCAGCCUAUGAAUUUUACCACGUUUGCGACGCCACAUAUAGGGAUUCCAGACGUCAAGCACUCCUUGUUUUCCUACCUUUCUCGAUGUGUUGGUUCUCGAAUGCUGGGAAACACAGGGAAGCAGCUGUAUUGUCUUGAUCGCUGGGGGGAAACUGGACACCUCGUCUUUUGGAAGGCAUUGAACUCAUUCCAGAAUAUCGACAUAGUAUAUGUAAACGCUGUGCAUGAUAUAAUGGUACCAUACGUAUCAGGUGCUUUUGAACUUCUAGAUCCAUUUGAGGCCCACAUAGAUGACAUUCAAGUUUCAGAUCCUCAUGACCUUGUUCCCUAUCAUAAUUCCAGUGGUGAUCGUACUGCUACCCAUCACAUUCGCACUCAAUACUCGUUCUUCUGGGUUUCGCGUAAAAAGUCUCGAGAGAGCGUCGAUGUCCGCGCAAGAGAAAUUAGCACAGAUCUUUGCUACCCUAGACCAUACAAGGAUAUGCUUGAGCAACCUACGCCAAAUAACACGUCUACUUCCACAACCCCAGAUACAAUUAGUACAGUCGCAGAAGUGAAGACGACACCGAUAUCAAGAAAACAGCCUCCGACGACGAUAACCUCAAAUCUUUCUGCGGCGCAGCAACGGAUGGUCGUGGAUCUCAAUCAGCUUCCUGUGCGAAAGCAUUUGACGUGGAUCCAUCCAACACGGAAUAGUCAUGCGAUUAUCAUCUGUCGAGAAAAGGACCAGUUUCCGGGGCAUGCGUUGGGUGAAGGAGUACUUAGGCAUUGGGCAGAUCACUUCACUACGUAG